CUAAUAACUGUUACACUAUCAGACUAUAUCUUACGAGAGAAAAAGAUUACCGACCGCAAGAUUACAAUGAACUAUGCUAACUACGAGCGUUCCAUUGUCGAGCACUAUGGCGUUACAUUACAGGGUUGGCCCUCAGCCCUUUUACCUGUUCGAAAUCCCUCACGUGUAGGUGGACGGGAGCAGGUGCAAACACUGCUCGAUGCACUUAACAAUAAGACUUGUACCUGGACAGCACUUGCAGAGGACGAG